UAAUCUGUCCCUUCCGCCGCCCCGUCCGUAUCCAUGGCAACGGGAAGGGCCGCGCCCGGCGCCAUGGCGGCCACCGAGGGUCCCAGCGUUUUCCUGGUGUCUGUCACCGGGCAGAUCGAGAGCGGGCAGUUCCCCGGCUAUGAUGAUCUCUACUGCAAGUUCUGCUUCGUCUACGGCCCAGACUGGGUUCCCACCGCGGGCCUGGAGGAAGGCAUCUCCCAGAUCACCUCCACCAGCGAGGUGGCACCCACCACCCUGGUCUGGAACUUCCCCAUCGACAUUACCUUCAAGAGCACCAACCCCUCGGGCUGGCCACAGAUCGUGGUGAGUGUCUACGGACCUGACUUCUUUGGAAACGACGUGGUCAGAGGUUAUGGAGCUGUUCAUGUCCCCUUCGUACCUGGAAGGCAUACCAGAACCCUCCCUAUGUUUGUCCCAGAGUCCACAUCGAGGCUGCAGAGGUUUACAAGCUGGUUCACAGGGAGACGUCCAGAAUUUACUGACCCCAGAGUGGUAGCACAGGGAGAAGGCAGAGAGGUGACAAGGGUGAGAUCUCAAGGCUUUGUCACCAUUUCCUUCAACGUAGUGACCAAAGAUAUGAAGAAGUUGGGCUAUGAUGUGAGCCCAAGUGAUGUGCAGAACCCUUCCAUGGUGCCUCUUGCAGAAAGGUUUCAUAGGUACUGAGCUCAGCUGGGGGAUCUCCAAAGGCUCACAGAGAAGUGAAGCACUUUGGGGUUUUUGGUGACAAAGAGAAAUGAAGAUCUGACCACACUGAGAAGAUUCCACUUCAGACUGUUCAUCCAGAAGAAACACAAGCUGUGGAAUCAUUACCUAAGUAUAAUCCUUUCAGUAAGCAUACAGAUCAAAGGAUUAUGUAAAUAUGAUUGUGUGAUACUUGGCAUUUUUAUGAGUAAUAUCAAUAAAUUUAUUUUUUUUUAUUACA